AUGGCGGAGAAGCUUGUGCCGAAGGACAAGGAGUGGAGCUUCGAGGACAUUCGCCGAGAAGUUGAGCAAACAUCUUCCAAGUUGAAGCUGUCGGAUGGCGGCUCCAAGGGCUGCUCCCUAGUGGCUCGGUGUGCCCUGCGGGCUGGGGAUGUGGUGCUAGCAGAGAGGCCCUUUUUUGAAGGGAAUGUGCAGGCCAAGCACAGUGAGCAGGUGUACUCCCAAGCAGUUCUGGCCAAGAUGAAUGGAAAGGAUGGUCAUCCGGAUGUUGAGGCAGCACCUGAGGAUUUCCAGGAGGAUUGCCUGCACCCCCGCAGACCCUUGAUGGACUGUGUCGCUGCCAUUCUACUUUGCAAGCAGCAGUUGGUGGCUUCCCAGGGAGGGUGUGAUGCCAAGGCCCUGCUGAAGCUCCAGAAGAUCUGCGCCCUUUUCCAAAGCCCAGUGCAGUCCACAACGGAUCACCGCGAGUGCGUGGACGACCUUUGGGGUGCCUUGAAGCCAGAGCUACAGAAGAGCACCUCCAGGGAGGAGUUGGGUGACAUCCUGCAGAUUUUAGGGGGCAACCGAUUUGGUCAGGGAAAGCGCGGUAUUCACUUGCUCUUCGCGGGCAGCAUGUUUGAACACUCGUGCUUGCCCAACUGCUUUCUGGGCACCUGGGACAGUGACAGCAUUGACACGCUCCAGACCUACCGCGCUCUCCGAGAUAUCGCUGAGGGUGAAGCUUUGACCAUCGACUACAUGGGCUUCCCACAGGGUUAUUGCGCCGUCUCUGCCCGUGCGCAGGCCUUCCAGAAAUGGGGUUUCAUUUGUAGCUGCCCCAGAUGUGUGGAAUUGCCGGAAGUGGAGCGCAGCUUCAACUGCAUGGCUUGUGGUGCUCCCGACCUGUGCCCCCGUAGCCCGGGCUCGGUGGAGCUGCAGUGCCUGUCCUGUGACGCGGUGGCGGAGGCCAGCUAUGCCGCGCGGUGCUUCAGGAAGGAACGGGAGCUGCAGCCCGAGCCCGGCAGCCCUGCCAGUGAUACCUUCAGAAAGAUGGGGGAAUCAGAGGCCGAUGAAGAAAACCUCCUGAGUCAUCGUCACCAUUUGGUGGUCCAAGCCUUAUGGGAAGAUGUGGAGCAGGGACUCCCUGAUUCCGCGGAGCUUCCUGCAUUUUUAUCAAUCUUGGAGGUCUUGGUGGAGAGUAUUUCCAAGGUGUGCAGAUUGAAUGAGCAUCCUGCAUUGUUGCAGUUGUACAACAUGGCCGCCUUGUCCACUGCAGAUGACUUGGAAGCCCAGAAGCACUACCUGCAGCUGGAGCACGGAAUCCUGCGCAAAUUUUAUCCCGACGAAGCGGAACGACAGGAGGAGGAGAUCGAACGUUUGGUGAAGUGUGCUCCCGAACCCACAGAAGCUGGGUAUCCGCAAGCCUUAAACUGA